AUGGCGACCGCCGUGGCUGCUGAUAGCCCAGCUCGUGCCGUGCAGUCGGAGAUUGACGUGCUGCAGGCGGAUCUGCACCGCAACGUUGGCAGACUCGUUGUGGGCGGAAACGUGAAGAAGAACGUCCACUACGAAGCACGCCACGCCGUGAUUUCCCAGGCCAUUGCGGAUGGGAAGCUCCCNCGAACCUUCUGGGCGGACGCCAUCAUUGCAGUCCUCGAAACACCAGGCGCAGAUGCUGCAGCUGACGGGCGGCUGCUCGGCACGUAUGACGUCGCACUGCUGCGGGAAUACCUGAAGGAUAUGAAGGUGACUUAUACAGAGGUGGGUGUCAGGGUGACACUGGUGUUCGCGCCAAAUCCCUUUUUUGAAGAGACAGAGCUGUGGGGUGAGGAGCGGCAGCUGGACAAGGGGGAGCGAAAAGAUAAGGGCGAGGAGGACGAUGGUGAUAAUGAUGAUGAUGACGACGACGACGUCUGCUGUUUCUCUGGCAUCACAUGGAAGCCUGGCCACGGCCCUGACCUCGAUGAAGAAGAAAACGAUGAUGAGGGCCACCAUAAAGCUAAUAAUAAUAAUAAUAAUACUAAUAAGGACAAGGAUGCUGAAGAUGGGGGCAGAAAGCGCGAGCGGUCAGAGACUAGUACGCGUGGGUGGAGUUUCCUUGAUGUGUUCAGUGCAAUGCUGCCGCACCCCGAGGAGGACGAGGAGCUUGACGAGGAGGACGACGACGAGCUCGCUGACGCCGUGGAGAGGUGGGAAGCGGAGAUGGACGAUCGCAAGGAUCUGCUAAUGACGCUGGUGGAGGAGGUCUGGAUGAACCCUGUCGCCGCACUGACGAAGGGGAAGGGCAGCAAGAAGGGGGAUGCGGGCGAAGCGGUGGAGAGCGGCUCGGCAGCGAAGCGCGCCAAGACGGAGUGA